CCUGUUGCCCGCAUCCGCCAUGGCUUCGCUGGCCAGCACAGUCCCAGGCGCGGAUGACAGUGGCCGUAGGAAGCCCCGCCUGGCGGCUUCUUUGCAAAUCAGCCCCGGGCCCAGACCCUGGCCGCCUUCGGCCUGCCUGGGCCAAGAUCCCUGGGAACCAGAGUCUGCGCCAGCCCCCAGCGCAGAAGACGAUGAGGCGGGCGGGCAGCCCCAGGCCUCGUUGGCGAGGGACGGUGGGCCUGGGGCAGGGCCCGGAGUCGGGGAACUGGGGGCGGCCCUGGAGCGGGAAGACUCCGUGGAGGGGAUAGGGAGGUCCCCGAGGGUCUCUGUCCUGCCCGCGGGGCCCUCCAGGGACUUCCUGACAGCAGCCAGACAGCUGGGCCUGCAGCUCAAAGACCCGCCGCCCGAACAGGCCGUGGCCUUGCUCACGCAGUAUGCCGUUAGUCUGGGCAUCUCGCUGAUCUUCAGAGAGGACAACACAGCAGACCCCUGCUGCCCCUUCUCCAUGUGCGCUGAACUGGACGGGGUGGUCUGCGCCUCGGGCUCCGCCAACAGCGAGCUGGAGGCCAAGCAGCAGGCCGCUGUCUCUGCCCUUCACUACAUCCGGAGUCAGCUGGGGAGCCUAGAACCCUCAAAGACCCCCGGCAGGCCUCCAUUCACCUCCCUGAGUGUAGAGAACAUUCUGACCCAUGAGCAGCGCUGCGCGGCCGUGGUCAGCACUGGCUUUGACCGCCUGGUGGAUAAGACGUCGCCCUACCAGGCCUGUAGGGGGACUGUGGCUGCCGUCAUCCUGGAGAGAGAGGUCCCAGGCACCAGGGCCCACGCCCACGAGAUCUACGAGCUGGUGGCGCUGGGCACUGGUGGCGGCAGCUGCACGGGCCGGCUGGAGUUCUCAGGCCGGCAGCUGCAUGACUGCCACAGUCUGGCUGUGGCCCGCCGGGCCCUGGUGAGGUUCCUGUUUCGGCAGCUUCUGCUGGUGACACAGGGGGGCCCCAAGGGCAAGGAGAAGUCCGUGCUGGCCCCCCAGCCUGGGCCAGGGCCCCCCUUUGCCCUCAAGCCCAGGAUCUUCCUGCAUCUCUAUAUCAGCAACACCCCCAAGGGAGCUGCCCACGACAUCUACCUCCCGCCGUCCUCCGAGGGCCAUCUCCUGCACAGCAGCCCCUGCCGCCUGCAGGCCCACAUCCAGGGGGACCUGAAGCCCGUGUGCUACGUGGCACCUGCGCUUCGCUACACCCACGUUGGCUGCCUCUCAGCCAGCGACAAGUUGGCCCGCUGGGUUGUGCUGGGGCUGGGUGGUGCCUUGCUGGGCCACUUUCUGCCUCCGCUCUAUGCCACCAGCCUUGUCCUGGCCGACCCCUGCCAUGACCCCCAGACUCUGAGCAGGGCCAUCCACACCCGGCCCUGCCUAGAUGGGGUCUCGGGGCCAUGUGUGCCACCUCCCUAUGCCCGAACCACGCUGCACCUGUUUGCAGGGCCCUCUGUGGCCCCCUCCAACCCCACCCCUACCUGCCACAGCCUGAGCCUCAACUGGAGCUUGGGGGACCCGGAUGUCGAGGUUGUGGAUGUAGCCACCGGGCGUGUGAAGGCCGAUGCUGACCUUGGGCCUCCCUCCCGCCUCUGCAAGGCAGCCUUCCUCAGCGCCUUCCGCCAGGCUGCCCAGGCUCUCGGGAGGUCCCACCUCCUGGCCCUGGAGACCUAUGAGGCAGCCAAGGCCGGGUCCUACCGAGAGGCUCGCCGGCAGCUGUCUCUGCUCCUGGACCAGCAGGGCCUGGGUGCUUGGCCCUCGAAACCCCUGGUGGGCAAAUUCAGAAACUAAAGCAGACCUCCAGAGAGUGGGGGUCC